AUGCAUAUCAACUACGGUUUUGUUGCUACUUCUAUGGCCCUUUUGUUUGUCCUUGAUAUUACCAACACCAACUCGGUCUCUGCAGCGCCUGGAGCCGAUUUGACUCGCUUGAUCAGAAUCAUCCGUCGUCGAUCUUUGGAUGCUGGGUCUACCAGUGCCAAUGAAGAAUCUUCUCAGGGUGAACCAACUGGAAUAAGUCCUACUCGUCAAUCGGGCGUUCCUCAAUUAGGACUCUCUUCUGCUAUGAUGCAACGAGUCUCAGCUGGUCUUGUCAGCUCAAUUGCCAAGUUUUCAGCUGAUAUGCAGGCAGGAGUCGAAUUUCCAACUCAAGCAGAAAUGACAAAAGCAGUCGAUGAAGCACUUGAAAAUUCAGAUGACAGAUAUUUUUUCAAAGUCGCCCAAGCUAUCAAGAACUCAAUUGACGCUCUUGCUGAUCGUAAACUUGCUGAAGGUGAAACCGGUGAGAGUCGCGUGUCAAAGGCUCCUAAAUCCGACUUGAACAAGCUAUCUUUUCCAAGAUCUUCCGAACAAAUUGCAACUGCCUUAUUAGAGACUAUUCACAUGUUCUGUGAACAAAGAGCUGCGGGUGGUCGAUUACCAAAUGCAUCUGAAGUGAAUCGAGCAUUAACUCCAGCUUUACAAGACAUUGACUUUGUCAAUUUUAACAAAGUGAAUGUUAAGAAAGGUGCAGAGGCUGUCAAGUUUGGUUUAGAUCAUAUGAGUGGUCCUAAUAAAGUAUCUGAAGUUCAAGCACGUGGGGUUUCAACUGUUUCUAUUCCUACUAUGACUAGUCCUAUUUCGGGUCAGAAACCAGCUGAAUGA